AUGAAGCAGUACCGCUCUUCUGAGGAGUUUACCGCCCUCUUGGACAAGGAGGUGGGCCUGAAGAUGGCGGAUCUAAUUUAUCGCUUCAAGUGUUUUAACCCCGAUCAUAAGCUGAACUUAAAUUUUGUUGCUGAUCCUUCUCCUCUGCCGGAAGGAGUGACGGAGGAGAUGAUCGAAGACUAUGAAGGUGAGGACGCUUAUCCUACUGUCGAGGGUGUUGGGAACGCUACUGCCUCUGAUGCUGUUGGUGGCUCCGGAGGUGCCGAUGGUGAGGCUGCCGCUUAA